GUCCAUGCAACUCUUGUCACCUAUGUGUCAUUUUGAUAUAUCACGUUUUGGCAAGCAAAUCUUUUCUAUUUAAACCAACACAUAGCGAACUAUUGUUAUUUAUAAGAGACUUCUCACUUUGUAGCAUAACAAACACUCCAACUGUUAACAACCGAUUUUUGAAUGGCUUCCUCCCAACCAUUGAUACCCAUCCAUGUGAGUCUUCAAGAACUUGCAAAAGAAUUCAAAGUAGCUGUCCCUGAUCGCUAUGUUCAGGAAAACCGAGAACCCACCGUUAUCUUUAAUGGAUCUUCACCUUUGCCCUCUAUCCCAGUCAUUGAUUUGAAAGAUUUUAUCAAGAUGUUAGGAACGAACGACGAUAACUUGAAAAGUCUGCGCUCUGUGUGCCAAGAAUGGGGAAUCUUUCAGUUGGUGAAUCAUGGAGUAGACAAAUUGUUAGUGGAGAAAAUGAAGAAGGAAACCAUACAAUUUUUCAACAUGCCUGUGGAAGAGAAGCAGAGGUACAAGUUGGAGGGAGGUGAGUAUGAGGGGUAUGGUCAAACCAUACUCCAUACUCAAGAUCAAAAAAUUGACUGGGCUGAUCGCUUUUACAUGAUCACCAAUCCUAUUCAGAGAAGGAAAUCCCAUUUACUUCCAGAGUUCCCUCCAUCAUUAAGAGAUACCAUGGAGAACUACUUGCAAGAAGUGCAAAAACUUGCGAUUAAUUUGUUAGGAUUAAUUGGGCAAGCAGUAGAUAUUGACAAGAAAGAGAUGGUAGAUAAAUUUGAAGAUGGAAUCCAAUCAGUGAGGAUGACUUACUAUCCUCCAUGUCCACAACCAGAUCUGGUCAUCGGUCUUUCCCCUCAUUCUGACGCUACUGGAAUUACCAUUCUUCUCCAAGUCAACGAUGUCGACGGUUUGCAAGUCAAGAAAGAUGGGGUAUGGAUCCCUCUGGAUGUUCUUCCAGAUGCUUUGGUCGUAAAUAUUGGAGACAUUCUUGAGAUAAUGAGCAAUGAUGUUGGACCAGCAAAGAGUCUCCUAACAAUUACAGGAGACCCAGCGCUGUACAAAACACUCGUAAUGGAACAGUACCUCAAGGACUUCUUCUCCCGCAAGCUCAAUGGAAAGACAUUUAUCGAGAAAUUGAAAAUAAAGAGCAGUGAAGUAACUGAAACUUGAUCAAAUAUCUUGGUCAUGUUUUAUCGUAAAAUAAUUUGAUUGACGUUAUUCGAAAUAUAAGCUAGAAACAAAUAAAAAAUAAAUUGAUCAUGAUUGACAUAUAAAUAAUCUAUAUAGUAGCUAUGAACUCCAUGUUUUACAUGUAGUGUUGAUAUGGAUCUAAAUAUUGAAUGUUAUUCGAAGUAUAAGCUAGACACAAACAGUUAACAUGGCGGUUAUCACAGUUAAUGAUAGUUAUUCAACCGUUAUGACAGGAGGGUUGCAACGGUUUACUAUGUG